UCUGUCAGCUGGGCUCCUCGCCGCCCGGCUGCCUCUUUCGCUGUCGCGCGCCGGGCCCCCGGACUGCCAGGAGGACUGGGAAGGCACGCGCCAAGGCCAGGGCGGGAAGCCUGAGGUAAAGGCACGGAAGGGAAGGGAAGGCGUCCCUGCGCAGGGAGUUCCGCAGGCGCCGACGGCACAAUGGCUGACAAUGCGACUAAGUCUUCUAAGCAAAUGAACAGAACACCUCCAAAGUCUCCUGCAGACUCUGCAAAAGAAAAAUCAGCCAAAAGGUUAUCCUGUGACUCGAACAGUUCCCAUGAAGGAGUCAGUGGGGCUGAGCUAAGUGCUCUUGAAGAGGCUUUUCGGAAAUUUGCCAUCCAUGGAGACACAAGGGCUACAGGAAAAGAGAUGCAUGGGAAAAACUGGUCCAAGCUGUGCAAGGACUGCCACGUGAUCGACGGCAAGAAUGUGACCCUGACAGAUGUUGACAUUGUCUUCAGCAAAAUCAAGGGGAAGUCCAGGACAGUUACUUAUGAUCAGUUUAAAGAAGCCCUUCAGGAGCUCGCCAAAAAACGGUUCAAAGAUAAGAGCAAUGAAGAAGCAGUACAGGAAAUGUACAAGCUAAUUGAAGGGAAAGCACCGGUCAUAUCAGGAGUCACGAAAGCUAUUUCUUCUCCGACUGUCUCACGGCUUACAGACACAACGCGUUUCACUGGUUCCCAUAAAGAGAGAUUUGAUCCAAGUGGGAGAGGCAAAGGCAAAGCAGGGCGUGAAGAUCUGGUUGACACGUCUGGUUAUGUGUCUGGGUACAAGCAUGCUGGCACAUAUGAUCAUAAAGUCCAAGGAAGCAAAUAAGCUUGGAGAUUGACAGAAAAGCGCCUAUAAGGGUGAGCUAGAUGAGCCUCACUUCUUUUCAUUCGCUGUAAAUUCCUGAAAAGCCCAGAUGAUGAUCAGUAUUUGUGAGAUCAGAGACAAGUUUGUCAUCUAUUGGGACUCUUGCAGUGAUGCCCCACUUCAUUACAUUCCUCGUGCUUUGUGGCAAUGAAAAGAAAGCAGCAAAAUAUUUUGCGUUUUUAAGCAAGAAGCCACAUCCAAGGGCUCUCUCUCACCACACCUUGCCCCAGAUUAAUAGCACAUUGCAAACAUUCCUCUCUCUCUAGUUUUUUGUCCUGUUCCUUUGGCUGUAGCAGCAACCCUUUCUCCACUAGAAUAGAUGCUUUGUAGUAAGAACCAUGUGUGGUGAUAGCUUUUCUAAGAAGAAUCCAGUUGCUAAAUUUGAUUAUUUAUUACUGAACAAUGUCUUAAAAAGAAACAAAUAGUCCUGAAGAUAAAAAUCCAAAUUCUAACAAAAGGAAAUACUUCUUUUUUAAAAAAAAUAUUCAGGGCUUUUUUCUUUUUUGUAAAGGUGCUAUCUUGGAAAAACAAAUAUAUUUAUUGAUUCCUCUCCAGUUCUUAACAAGGGCAAGACUAACUCAACGUUUUAAAUGAUGUAUUUUCCAUUUAAUAUGUAUUAAAGGGGAACCGAGCCCUCAAUUCAUCUUUGCUUUCGGAAAGAGAAGAUGACAGCUCUCAGUCUUUUCCCCCUCCCAAAUCUCCUUAAAGAACAUUUUUGUUUUUGUAACACACGUGAUAUUGAACCUAGAGGUGACGAAAUAUGAAUACAAGGAGCUACUGAGAAGAUUUUGGUUCUAACAGUGAAUCCUAUUGUUAGUUGCAAUUAGAGUAGACACACUGAAUUAACAGAAUUCAACUAUGUGUUGAUUGACCAUUCAAAAAUGGAUUCAAUAGUUCUAUUUUAUUUGGGACCAGACAGUAGGAUUCUGGCUAUUAUUAAAUGUGCAGUGCCUCAAACUGGAGUUCAAAAGAGCAUUUAAGGUUAUGUAUUCUUCAGCAUCAUUUUUUGUGCAACUAUCACAAAUGACAUUUUCAUUUAAUUAGUGCCAUGCGUGGGUGAACACUUAUUGAAUGCUUGUAUGAAAGGUGGCAGUUUGGCCCACCACAAAGGAUUGACUUGCAUUAAAAUCAUCACCAUUUGGGUCAUUUUCUUCAACAACAUUUAUAUUCAUAAUAUUGUUUAAACAGCUUUUGUCUUCCAUGUGCAAUAUAAAUGAACACAUUCUGUUCUUCCGUUACUCACUGCAUUGUAAAAUUGGCACAAUAUUAUUGUAUUAUUAAUACAAAAGAAAACAAAAGUAGAAAAGAUCAAAAAUGGCUCUGUUAUUUUUCCCAAUGAUCUAAUUCUUUAGCUUCUUCCAAUUAAAUGAAUGCAUAAAAUGUGACUUUAUUUCAGGAAGAAAAAAGAAAUUCUCCAUUUAUAUUGCCUAAAAUGGGCAAUAUAGUUCAUAGUGUGAUCUUGAUACGUUAGAUGUUUCUUACUGAAUAAAUAGUACACUAACUAUAUUGGGUUUAUAAUCCAAUAAAAUAA